AUGGUCUGCACCAAGGAGGCCGAAUCUAUGGAGGUGUGCAUUCCUGAGGAAUUAAAGGAAGAAAAGGCUCAAGAAGAAAUGCCACUGCUACACGCCCUAUUGGGGGCACAGGAGUCUGAAAUACCACGCCCUCAAGAGCCCCAAGAGGAAAUUGAGGAUAAGAAUCACUCACAGUUCUUGGAAGCACCUAAGAAACUGCAAAUCAAUACUCCUGUUGCUGAAGUUUUAAAGAGCUCACCCUCUGAAAAGAAGGCUUUAAAGGGAGAUGAAAUAGAGGUAUUGAUUGAGAAGUACAACACACCAUUUCAGAAUAAGCUACCAAGGAAGAUGCCAAACCCAGAGAGCUUUCAGAUUCUAUGUACUAUUGGAAAGAUCACUGUUGACAAAGCCCUGUGUGAUCUUGACUUAAGUUUAAAUCUGAUACCUCUAUCUGUGAGGAAGAAGUUGGGAAUUCAAGAGGCACAAGCAACAAGGAUUACCCUGCACAUGGAUGACCAGUCCCUAUGGCAGACAUAUGGGCUAGAAGAGAAAGCACUAAACAAGGUUGGAGAGCUAUUCCCCCCGACAGACUCUAUGAUACUUGACAAGGGAGAAGCAACAGAUGGCUCCAUCAUUCUCAAAAAACCAUUCAUAGUCACUGGAAGAGCCCUAAUAAGUGUGGAGAGAGGCAAAAUGGCAUUAUGGUUGCAUGAGGACUGGAGGUUGUUCAAGGUUUUUAAACCUCAAUUACCCCCUGACAAGGGAGGCACUUGCAUACAAAAUUUAGCAUUCAAGCCUCCUACCUUGGAUGGAACCAAUUCGAUUCCCCCUACCACCAAACGUAAGUUUGGUGUUGGGUGUGCACUCUCAACCAAAGAAGAAGGUUCCAAGAGGAAGAUGCCUAGGGGAUGA